AUGAUUAUCACGUUGAAAAAUUUACAGCAACAAACUUUUACCAUUGAAAUUGAUCCUUUAAAAACGGUGAAAGAUUUAAAGGAUAAAAUAGAAGCACAAGAAAAAUAUCCUGCUUUGCAUCAAAAAUUAAUUUAUGCUGAAAACUUUUGUGAUGAUAAAGAGACACCAGCGGCGUCAUCAGAGCCCUCACCAGUAACCCGGCCGUCAGCAGGCGCCCAAUCAACUGACCAAUCAUCAACAGCAGCGGCUGUGGCAGCAAUAACAGAAGCAGCUGCUAGAAAUCAGCCCGAGAGCGCAUUGCUGACCGGAGACGCUUACGACACCAUGGUGACCAACAUUAUGGACAUGGGUUACGACCGCGAAAGAGUUGAGCAAGCUCUACGCGCAAGCUUCAACAAUCCUGACCGCGCUGUCGAGUAUCUUAUCACUGGGAUUCCCACUCAGGGAAUCGACGGUCUCUUCGACGAUUUACCAGAGGACAACGCGCCAGAGGCCGCUGACGCGAUCAUGGAACAAGGCGGUGGCGGAGGUGGUGACCCACUCGCGUUCCUGCGCAACCAGCCUCAGUUCCAACAGAUGCGGAACGUUAUCCAGCAGAAUCCGCAGCUCCUCAAUGCUGUCUUGCAGCAAAUCGGACAGUCCAAUCCUGCGCUCUUGCAACUUAUCUCACAGAAUCAGGAUGCGUUCAUCCGCAUGCUCAACGAACCUGCUGGAGCUGCUGGCGCAGGUCAACUGGGCUCGAAUCAAGCUAUCCGCGGUGCUGGAGGUAACGCAGGUGGCGCUGAUGCAAUAAGUCCAGCGGUAGCCGCCACUACCGGCGUCAUACCUAUUUCUCCGCAAGAUCGCGAAGCCGUAGAACGAUUAAAGGCUCUGGGAUUCCCCGAACACUUAGCCUUGCAAGCCUACUUUGCUUGCGAGAAGAACGAAAACCUCGCUGCUAAUUUUUUACUAUCGCAAAAUCUUGAUGAAUAA